GCUAAGGGCGGCAGUUCACCUGCUGCUGGGCUGGGAGUCUUCAGGGUGGUGACUACAGCCGGGAAACAGGUCCGACCACUAGUGGACCGUGCAGGACUGCAGGUGUGACCGGCCUGUCCGCCGCAUCGUCAUCGUACAAGGGGUUGGGGCAUGAACCUGCAACGGGCGCGGUGGUGGCACAUGUGAAGGGCAGCUGCAUAAUUACACUUGGGACUUCAACUACUUCUGAAAGGACAUGGCUACGGGAGACAAAGUUGCCAUAUUGUUUGAGGAUGAGGAGGAACAGAAGAGGAAAUAUGUCCUUGCUGAUCCUUUCAAUGGUGUUGCUCCAGAGCAAAACGUUCCUAGCGGAAAUUCUGGUCGUUCUGAUAAUUUAUCUGCAGAAGAUGAGGAUGUGGACUGGCUGGAAAAACACUGUGUCAAGAUUAACAAUGACCUUCUGAUAUCUAAAGUGUUCUACUUCUUUUUUUACUCUGCCUAUGGAUCGCUCUAUCCCUUAUUACCAGUGUACUAUAAACAGUUAGGGAUGUCUCCCAGCCAAAGUGGGUUAUUAGUAGGAAUUCGGUAUUUUAUUGAAUUUUGCAGUGCCCCUUUCUGGGGAGUAAUAGCUGACAGAUUCAGAAAAGGAAAGGUGGUCUUACUGUUUUCAGUACUGUGCUGGGUUUUAUUCAACUUAGGGAUUGGUUUUGUAAAACCAGCAGCUUUAGUUUGUGUGCCUGAUAUGCCUAUGCCAGUUAAACCUACUAACUCCAGUCCAUUUGAAACAACUCCUUUGCCAUUUACUUCUGUAUCAACCCAAUCUGUUAAAGGAAGUAGUACUAUAGCCAAAAAGAGGCGGAAGAGGGAUUUGCAGGGUGAUCUUCUUGCAUGGGAACUCUCUAAUUCUGAAAAAAUGGUUUAUAAAGAGUCUUCUAUCCUUUUACAUCGGAUGUUGAGGGAAGUUGCCAAUGGCACGAGUGCACCAGCACUGUCUGGUCCUAGUGGAAACAUUACAACAGCCAUCAUUACAACCACCAUCACCACAAAGAGUCCUAAUGCGGUGUUGCAGUAUAACCAGGAAGAUGUAGAAACCAUAUUCCUGUUAAUUCUAUUAGUAGUUAUUAUAGGAGAGUUUUUUAGUGCUCCAGCUGUUACUAUUGUAGAUUCUGUAACUCUCCAAUAUUUAGGCAAACACAGGGAUCGCUAUGGAUUGCAGAGAAUGUGGGGAUCACUUGGCUGGGGAUUAGCGAUGUUGUCCAUAGGAAUAGGAAUAGAUCACACUCGCAUUAAUGUGAUCAUUGAAGGAAAUGGCUGCAACGAGCCUGAAUAUAAAAACUAUCGUAUUGCCUUUAUUGUCUUUGGCGUCUUGAUGUCUUUGGCUCUAAUUGUUUCAACACAAUUUCAUUUUUAUUACCACCAUUUAAAACCAAGUGAGGUACGCAGAGAAGAUGUGGAGAUCUCUCCUGUGGAAACAAGUUCCCAACAAGAAUCUCAAGUACACAAUCAGAAUGAAGGAAGAAGUGAAGACGAGACGGUCCAGAAUUUCAGAUUUUGGGAUCUCAUCAAGAUAAUUUGCACAGUACAGUAUGGCUCUGUUCUCUUUGUAGCCUGGUUCAUGGGAUUUGGUUAUGGAUAUGUCUUCACCUUCCUUUUCUGGUACCUUGAGGACCUUAAAGGAACUACAACAUUGUUUGGUGUCUGUUCUGUCCUGAGCCACAUAUCGGAGCUGACUGCUUACUUUUUUAGCCACAAGUUGAUUGAAUUAGUUGGUCACAUCAGGGUACUGUACAUCGGCCUUGCUUGUAAUACUGCACGUUAUCUGUAUAUUUCCUACAUGGGAAAUGCCUGGACCGUACUCCCCAUGGAAGUGUUACAAGGUGUGACCCAUGCAGCCAUAUGGGCAGCUUGCAUUUCAUAUCUGAGUGCCGCAGUUCCACCAGCAUUACGGACGUCUGCUCAAGGCAUCCUUCAGGGUCUGCAUCUUGGACUUGGUAGAGGAUGUGGUGCAAUGAUUGGAGGUGUAUUGGUCAAUUUCUUUGGUGCUGCAGAAACAUUCAGGGGGAUCGGUAUGGCUUCUUUGGUCAUUCUCCUUCUCUUUGCACUGAUUCAGUGGGUAGCAGUUCCUCAGAAAGAAGAAGAUUCAUCUAUGCUGGCGGAAAGGAUUCCUGUUCCCUCCAGCCCAGUUCCCAUAGCAACUAUCAACCUUGUACCACAGCACGCUGAGAACAUUAUGCCGAGUGUUCACGUCAAACUUCCCGCAAAAAAGACAAGGCACCAGGAGGAACAAGAGGAUGUCAACAGACCAGCCUGGGGGAUAAGCUCAUCUCCUUGGGUCAACCUUGCUUAUGCCUUUUAUCAGAUAAAGGAAAUGUUGGCACUUGCCAAAACUAGCCCCGAAACUCAGCCACUGCAGAAAAGUAAUGAAAGUAACACAGCUCCAAGGUCUCCACAACCUGCAAGGAGUGAAGAUGCUAAUACUGAGGAAGCUAAUCUUGAAGAGAAUGGUCCUGUGCAAGGAAAUGACUCUGCCCUAUCACAGGAAAUUUCUGACGGUCCACCGACACUGCCAGAAGACAUAAGGAAUUAAUAUAUGCUUGAAAAACUACUAGUUAAACACUGAAAUUUGGGAGUAAGGAACGAAGCAUUUUUAAGAUGUCACACAGGUUGUUUUAUUGAAACAUUUAGCAGAAGGAAGAUGAAUGAGACAGUGAAAAAGAAAUUUUUAGCCACACUGGAUGCAAGAAACCCUUCAACUGUAGUUUUAUAUGUGUGUGCAGAAGGUGCCCACACACCUUCAAUAGCUG